UUGAAUUCGCGAUUGCGAUUUUCUUCUCUCCGUCACACUCACGCCCGCCUCACUUAAAACCCUCAAUUCUCAGUCCCGCAGCGACGGCGCGCCGCCUGCCACCGUCGUGAACCAUUACACUCGUUCGUCACUAGGUUUUUGCUCGGCAAAGGAAGAAAAGGCCUAAACUUCAAAACCCUAGCUUCAAAAUUAGAAGAAAGUAGAAAUGCCUAUGAAGAGACAAGACGCCAAAAAAGGAUCCUCAUCUCGUGAUGUGGCUUCCGAGGAACCAAAAAUGGACAUCAGGUCCAUCCAGAAAGAAAUUGACACUUUGGGUGUCUUACAUAUGACAUGGAAACAGAAAAAGGACAUGGAAAGUAGGAAGGUAGUUUCACUCGGUGGAAAGCCUGCGAAGAAGCAGAGAUUACCUCUUAGUGUAGCACGAGUUACAAUGAAGAAACAAAAGGAAAGAGAAGAAAAAACAGCUCAAGAGAGUGCAAUACUUGGAAGAUUUGGAGCCUAUCUUAACGGUGGUUCAAAAAAGGUAGUACAAAAACGUAGGCCAGAGCAGAGAGUUUUGAGGUCAAGUGAAGGUGAUUUCAGAAACGGUGUACUUAAUGUUAAACAUCUGUUAAAAGAUUCUGCCCCUGCCCCACGUGUUGAAGAUAAAGGCAGACAUGGUGGUAUGGGUAAAGGGAAGAAGAAAGGUGGUAAAAAAGGUCAUGGUAAAAAGAAGGGUGGCGGCGGCGGCGGUAAAAAGCGUCACUAGAGAAAAGAUUCUCUUGUUGGUUCGUCAUUUUUAUGAGGUUUUUUAUUCUUGUUUUUGUUUUUUCUCUUUGCAGCAUUUUUGAACUGUAAUUGCAUCCAACUUAAAGUUAUAUGAUGAUCCUCUUUGAUUUUA